CUUCUUUAAACUAAUUCGUAGUGCGGUUUUGUUGUAAAGUUUUUCUUGUAUUUUGAGUGUAUUGCUGUACGGCUCAUUAAAAUAAAUUUUAAUUGGGAAAAUCCACAUCAAAGAACUCUGAAAAUCCUUUGCGUUUCAAUAUGAAUACAUUGGGUCCUAAAAAGGACGGUAGUCCUAAUGUGGAAUUUUUCCAAUCGCCGGAAUCGUUGCAAGGAUUUGAAACAAUUCGCUUGUGGUUACAGAAAAAUUGUAAGAAAUAUUUAGCGAAUAACACGGAAACAAUUACUCGAGAAUCACUGGCUCAGCUAUUAAUACAAUUUUUGCAGUAUGUAGAAGCUAAAUUGGGCAAAAAUGCACAGGAACCACCGGCAACUCGCCUGCCUAUGCGUUUAUUCAUGGAUUUCAAACCUGGUGGUGGACUGUGUGUCAUAUUUAGCACAAUGUUUCGGUUUCGCGCAGAACAACGCGGAAAGAAAUUUGAUUUUUCUGUGGGAAAAAACCCUCCUCGCAAAGAUCCCAACAUUCAAUUGCUGAUUGAUAUCGAACAAGCUCUCGUUGAAGCAAAUCUUUACCGCAUUCAUUACAUAUAUAUACGCCCUGAAGUAAAUAAAGAAUUGGCACAAAAGCUGCGGGAUAUUUUACUUACCAGACGUGUGGAAAUUGUAACUGACGAGGACGAAGCCACACAUAUUAUAUACCCAGUUGUCGAUCCCCACCCAGAUGAAUAUGCACGUCCCGUUUUCAAACGUGGGAAUCAUGUUAUGUUACAUUGGUAUUAUUUUCCCGAAUCGUAUGAUUCUUGGGCUAUAAACUCAUUUGAUUUGCCUGACUAUGUACCAGAAAAUCCCGAACAACAAUCUGAAGGAUGGUUAGUUUCGGCCAGUUGGGUCUUAGAUCUAGAGCAGUAUAAUGAAUGGAUGGUUGAAGAAGACUAUGAAGUAGAUGAAACAGGGAAAAAGAAAACACAUAAGCACCGAAUGUCCGUUGAUGACAUUAUGUCUCUGAGUACAGAUGAAAAAAAGCGUGGACCGGGCAGCAGCGGCACCUCUACCAAGCAAAAACGGCGCCGUUCACCUUCACCUAAUACUUCAAAGCCUGGUAAGCGUAAACGUUCACCAGCUGUAUUACACAAGAAAGUACGCAAUGACGAGGAUGAUGAAGACUUAACUCGUGAUAUGGACGAUCCACCUGCAGAGCCAAACGUACAAGAAGUAGUAAAGUCAUCAACUUUGCAAUCAACAGCUAGCCCAGCACCUGGUGGUAAAUCUCGUGCCGAUAAUGAUAUGAUGCCAAUUAAAGGGGGCACCAUGACAGAUUUAGAUGAUGAAAUGACAGGCGGCAGCGCGGUACAGGCACUUUCCACAGGUGAUGGCGAAAAUUCACAAACUGGCAAAACAAGCGAUAACAGUAAUACUCAGGAAUUUUCUUCCUCUGCUAAAGAAGAUAUGGAGGACAACGUAACUGAGCAAACUCAUCAUAUUAUCGUGCCAUCAUACUCAGCAUGGUUCGACUACAAUUCUAUACAUGUUAUUGAAAAACGUGCAAUGUCUGAGUUUUUCAAUGGUAAAAAUAAAUCUAAAACACCGGAAAUUUAUAUGGCCUAUCGAAAUUUUAUGAUAGAUACCUACAGAUUAAAUCCAACUGAGUACUUAACCAGCACCGCUUGUCGCCGGAAUCUAGCUGGAGAUGUUUGCGCAAUAAUGCGUGUACAUGCUUUCUUAGAACAGUGGGGUCUCAUUAACUACCAGAUAGACGCUGAGUUAAGACCAACUCCAAUGGGUCCGCCACCAACAUCUCAUUUUCAUAUUUUAUCUGACACCCCUUCUGGUUUGCAAUCUUUGAACCCACAGAAAACGCAACAACCAUCAGCAGCAAAGGCAUUGCUCGACUUGGACAAGCCUAAAGUGUUGAAGGACGGUAAAGAAGGUUCUAUAGAGGGUGACAAACCUGCUUUAUUACCUGGUGGUAUUAGCAUUAAAAGUGAAACUUUGGAAAAUGGAACCAAUACAGGUCAACAAUUCGGCCUAAAACUUGACCAAUAUGCAAAGAAGCCGGCGGCAAUGAAAAAUCGAACUGCUGCUAGUAUGGCACGAGAGUGGACUGAUCAGGAAACAUUGCUUUUGCUUGAAGGUCUGGAAAUGCAUAAGGAUGAUUGGAAUAAAGUUUGCGAGCAUGUGGGUACCCGUACUCAAGACGAGUGUAUACUACAUUUUCUAAGGCUACCGAUUGAAGACCCCUACUUGGAAGAUGAUGGUGGAUUUUUGGGACCAUUGGGUUGCCAACCGAUACCAUUUAGUAAAUCUGGCAAUCCCAUCAUGUCGACAGUUGCAUUCCUAGCAUCAGUAGUUGAUCCUCGCGUUGCGGCAGCUGCAGCUAAGGCUGCUAUGGAAGAAUUUGCUGCAAUAAAGGACGAAGUACCCGCUACCAUAAUGGAUAAUCAUAUGAAGAACGUGGAAAAGGCUUCAGCUGGAGGUAAAUUUAAUCCAAGUUUUGGUCUCUCUAACAGUGGCAUAGCAGGCACAGGAGCAGACAAAGAAGAGGAAGACGCUCAUGCUGCAGGAACUGGUGCAGCUGCCAUUCCAGUGAACACAGAUGACAAUAAAUCGAAUUCAAACGAUGAUAGCAAGACAGAGAAGUUAAAUAAAGAAACUGAAUCUGAAAAGAAAGCAGAAAGUGACAGUAAAAAUGGUACUGAAAUCAAAACGGAAGAUACCAAGGACACAGAGGCAAACUCAAAGGACUCGGAAGUUGCUAAGCAGCAAGUUUUCAACGAGGCGAAUGUUCAAACCGCUGCAGCCGCAGCCUUAGCCUCGGCUGCUGUUAAAGCUAAACAUUUAGCCGCAUUGGAAGAACGAAAAAUAAAAUCACUGGUUGCGUUGCUGGUUGAGACACAAAUGAAGAAGUUAGAAAUAAAAUUGCGCCAUUUUGAAGAACUUGAAACAACAAUGGAGCGCGAACGUGAAGGAUUGGAGUAUCAGCGGCAACAACUCAUUACCGAACGACAGCAAUUCCAUUUGGAGCAAUUAAAAGCUGCGGAGUUCCGUGCACGUCAACAAGCACAUCAUCGCCUUCAACAAGAACAACAAUGGCAAGGUACUACUGGCGCAAGCACCACAGGUGCUGGCCCUCAAGCCGGAAAUUCUAGUGCUCCUCUCGGUAGCGGCGGAAACGCACCUGCCGGCCAAGGUCAAACAAUUAAUUCUGGCACAUCUAACACUGGCGCCGCCAGCGUAUCUCCAACAGCUGGUGUUAAUAGUGUCGGACCACAAGGCUCAGCUGCGACCAGCCAAGGCGCAACCACACAAGCAUCUGUUGCAAAUUCACAACAAGCCGUCACGGCUCCUCUCGGCGUGGCUAGUGCAGCACCAGUAUCCGUACAACAACAAAUACCAAUUCCAAUGGACACUUCAUCAAACACUUCAAUGCCGCUACCAAAUACACCUGGAGAUGGCGCAACAGUCACUGGACAGACAAUUUUGUCACCUGCAAAUAUACCAACCAGUGCACCAGUGGCACCAUCUGCUAAUGUUCAGCCGCCAAAUCUACCAGCAAACAUUCCUCCAAUUGGCGUGCCACCGGCAGUACCACCAUCAUAAGCUAUACAAAAUAAAUCAAAUGAUAUUUCGCUAAUAUAUAAUCUUCAUUAAGUUAUUACAUACAAUUCUAAUUCAUACAUAUACCAUAAUGGUAAUAGUCUUAAACGAUUUUUCAAUGUUUUGAUUAUUUUUGCAACUCAAUUUUCGGUCAGGUCGUGCAUUGUUUUUAUGUCAAUAUAUUGGAUUUUAUUAGUUAGGUGCACAAAUAUCAUACGCACAUAGAACAUACCUUUAAAUGUAUUAAAAUGUGUAAGUUGCUUUUCUAAAUAGCCCUUGAAUUUAUCGCUUUGUCUUAACAUUAGUUUCAUAAUGAAAAUAAAUAAACAUAAUAACGGCAAUUCAUUUACUCUUAUCACGAUUAUAAUUGUAUGAUAUCGCAUAAUCUCAACAAAUCGUAAAUAAACACGUAUGUAGGUAUAUUACUACAUAUAUUAUAUAAAUGGAAA